GCAGGUGCUUUUCUUCCCAGCCCUUCUAGAUACUUUUCAACAGGUUGUUAUAUCUCUAACAUUAUACUUAAAGUACAGCUGAAAUAAGGUACUGACGCAUGGUGUUUUAGCCCCGAUAAAACAAUAGUUGUGAUAAAUAAGCAUCUCUCAGGCUCCACCUAGAAUUGGGAUACACUGUGUCUGUCUGUCUCCUACACACUGUGGCUGCUGUGGAUUUGCAAAUGUGUUUUAAUAAUAAUGACAACGCCAAGGAUGGUCUUUGGAUUGACUUAGUAAUGAGGAUGCUAGGGAUUGAAAGACCCAUUCCUGGUGUGUGUUAUACUAUCAGUUAUGGCAGCAACUAGUUCUCCUUUGCUGAGCCCUUACCUUGCCCAGGAGUCACUGUGCACGCAGGACUAUGGCCCCGAAGCAUCCUUUAUGGAGUGGCAGCAAAUAGCCUCUGUGCUUUGAGCAGAUGAGAGUAAUCCUGCAGAUAGGCGUGAGAGUCACUCUACUCACUAGUCCCUCUUUACAAAGAAGCAGGCGUGUGCAGCAGCAGCUCCAGUAGAUGCUGUUUACUAGGAGCUGCCGGGGGGAGCCUUCUUCCCGUCUGAAGCAGAGAGCCCUUUUGCCUUUUAACUAGGUAAUAGUAGACUUGGAUCGUUUUUAAAUGGCCCUAUUACUGGUACUGUGUUAGAGCUUGUGGAUUAUUUUAUUUAAAAUUUGUAUGACAAGAUUAAGUUUAGUCGUAAGAGUUGAGUGGAUUUUGAGAUCUGAACAGGGCCCCCUCUGACAUACUUUUAGUCAAUUACAGUGUCUGACUGAUUACCAGAUAUGUCUCAUUUGAAUGCUGUUUUCGUAUCUAGAAUUUGUCCUAUGCUUCAGCUCAGCUAAGUGUGUUGGUAUAAGCUCGUUGUAAUUAACAGUGUUUUGUGACCUGGGACUCCUGUCCAAGAUCAUGGCAGAGCUAGAAAACAUUGGAAAGUAAGCUAAACGCAUUGCCUUAGUAAAACAUUCAGAAAGUCUGGAAAAAGACCUCCCCAUGCCUGCAAAACUAUACUUAAAUGUGUUUGAUUUGGUUUUAGUACAUUGAUUCCCAUUGGCUUUAGACACCAGAGGAUCCUGUUCAAAAUAGUUGCAAGUAAAUGCUGCUAGGAGAAAGAUUUUUGCCAGAAAGAGAGAUUAGACAUAUGUGUUCUCAUUCUUUGUUAAUGGGUUUUGCUUGUUUGGGCUGAAAUGAAAAUACUCCCGUACUAAAGAAAAAUAAAUCCCUCCCUUCCUGUUUGCAAAUGUAUUUCAUUUGCUGUUUGUCUUACUUAAAUAUACAGUAGAAAAGAGAAUGUGACUGCUGUUCCUUUAAUAUCAGAGCUGUGCAUGCUACAAUAGGUGUCACUGUUUGGCUUGGUCCAAUCCUGAUUGGUGGCUUCAGCUAUUGGCUCGGAGCGCUGGCUGUCUGACUCCGUCUGCAGGGCUGUAAUACCUACUCUCCUCUCUCCGAUCCAUUCACCACACAACUUCGCCGGCUGAACAGACUCGCUGGGCUCGGCAAAUCUUGCUAACCUAAUUCAGAAAGCAAGCGCCACAGCACUCUGCCUGCCUCCUUUGCUCAGCAUAGCCUUUUCAGGUGAUCCGGAAAACGGCUGUUUUUAUGAGCAAAUAAGAAAAACAGGAAUCAUGAUGGGAAUGUAUUUAACAGAUCCGGUCCUGGAUAAAACUUAAAGCCAGUUCCUCUUCAACAUAGUGAAAAGGUCACCUUGCCUGGCUGAGAAAAGCAGCAAAAUACCAGCGUGUCGGUUUCUGUUAACAUCCUAGCCCUGGCUAGCCUCUCUGCCUAGAUGUUCGAGCAAAUUUGGGAUAUCUAGCUCUAAAGAGAGACAUCCUGUACUCAUGGUAGAUGAUAAAGAAAAGAACAUGAAAUGUCUCACCUUCUUCUUGAUGCUUCCAGAGACAGUAAAGAACAGGUCCAAGAAAGGUUCAAAGAAAGCAAACAGCAGCAACAGCAGCAGCGGCAGCGGCGGCGGCAGUGGCGGCGGCGGCGGCAGCAGUAAGUUGCCCCCAGUUUGUUAUGAAAUAAUUACCUUGAAGACUAAAAAGAAGAAAAAGAUGGCUGCUGAUAUAUUCCCCCGCAAGAAACCAGCCAGCUCCAACAGCACCACUGUCCAGCAGCACCACCAGCACAAUCUCUGUAACAACAACCUCAUCCCGGCCCCCAACUGGCAGGGUCUUUAUCCCACCAUCAGAGAAAGAAAUGCGGUGAUGUUCAAUAAUGACUUGAUGGCAGAUGUCCAUUUUGUGGUUGGGCCACCAGGUGGGACUCAGCGGUUGCCAGGACACAAAUACGUCUUAGCUGUUGGGAGCUCAGUGUUCCAUGCAAUGUUUUAUGGAGAACUUGCUGAGGACAAAGAUGAAAUCCGAAUACCAGACGUCGAACCUGCUGCUUUCCUCGCCAUGCUGAAAUACAUCUAUUGUGAUGAAAUUGACUUGGCUGCGGACACAGUGCUGGCCACGCUGUAUGCUGCCAAAAAGUACAUAGUUCCUCACCUUGCCAGAGCCUGUGUCAAUUUCCUGGAGACCAGCCUGAGCGCCAAGAACGCCUGUGUGCUCCUGUCUCAGAGCUGCCUGUUUGAGGAGCCGGACCUCACACAGCGUUGCUGGGAGGUGAUUGAUGCUCAAGCCGAGCUAGCACUCAAGUCCGAGGGGUUCUGCGACAUCGACUUCCAGACGCUCGAAAGUAUCCUACGCAGGGAAACGCUGAAUGCCAAAGAAAUAGUGGUUUUUGAGGCAGCCCUGAACUGGGCUGAAGUAGAAUGCCAGCGGCAGGAUCUGGCCUUGAGCAUUGAAAAUAAGCGCAAGGUCCUAGGAAAGGCCCUGUACUUGAUCCGCAUCCCCACCAUGGCCCUGGAUGACUUUGCAAAUGGUGCUGCGCAGUCUGGGGUAUUAACUCUCAACGAGACUAAUGACAUCUUCCUCUGGUACACUGCGUCCAAAAAACCAGAACUGCAGUUUGUGAGUAAAGCCCGAAAGGGCCUAGUCCCCCAGCGCUGUCACCGGUUCCAGUCAUGUGCCUAUCGGAGCAACCAGUGGCGCUAUCGGGGUCGCUGUGACAGCAUCCAGUUUGCGGUUGAUAAGAGGGUAUUCAUCGCAGGCUUUGGGCUGUAUGGCUCCAGCUGUGGCUCUGCAGAGUACAGUGCCAAGAUUGAACUCAAACGGCAGGGCGUUGUCCUGGGCCAGAACUUGAGCAAGUACUUUUCAGACGGAUCCAGCAAUACCUUCCCUGUGUGGUUUGAAUAUCCGGUGCAGAUUGAGCCAGACACCUUCUAUACAGCCAGUGUGGUGCUGGAUGGCAAUGAACUCAGCUACUUUGGACAAGAAGGCAUGACCGAAGUUCAAUGUGGCAAGGUGACUGUCCAGUUUCAGUGCUCCUCAGAUAGCACCAAUGGCACUGGGGUACAGGGAGGGCAGAUCCCAGAACUCAUAUUCUAUGCCUGAACCUUCCUUUGCUUAAGCAUCAUGAGGCACCCACAUGGGCCAUCCUUGCCUGACGCUUAGCUCGUCUCCAGAUAUGUGGUCAGCACAGGUAAUUUGUAAUGAAUGAAGCAGUAGGCAGUUUCUAAUGUCUUUGAACCUUUUAAUUAUGUACAGGCUAAAAUGCAACAUUCCGCUUUUAACUAUAUGCUUAGAAGAGCCAAGUUCUUACUCAGGCUUUGUGGUUUUAGAGUUGCGUCUGUAUGCCUAGGGAGAUCAUGUGCUUUUCCAAGUGCCCACCAACCUCCCACUUUUGUACCUCUGAAGAAGAUUUUGAAUUGACUUGAAUUUCCUUUGAUGAAUGGAAGUAUGUAUCCUAAAGUAAUAUCAAGUUAUUUUUAAACGGAAACCCUCCUUUCCUCUCAAAAUAAAUAAAAACAAAAAACAGGUGAACCUCAGUGUACAAUUUUGAAAGAAUAUUUGCUUUGUAAAAAGUAAACUUAGAAAGUAACCAGUAGGCCAGUCAUCAUGUUUGACUCUCUUCUUUUACAUUUGUUGCUUCUGGGCCUUGCUUUUAUAUUCUUUGUAUCUUAAGUUCAUAUCUUUGUUUCCUGCUAAAUAAUUUACACUGUGGUGUAAGGAAUUGGAUGUUUGUUUAGGCCACGACUUCUGCUACAAAGCAGACUUACGUUCUUUUAGUUUAGAAGACAAGAUACCAGAGUGCAGAUACUUCUUUCAGAAUUGGUGAAGUUAGAAAAUUUUAUUGUCAAUAGAAAAAAAGUUGCAAACCUGCUAAUUUAUACUACAUCAGGUAAAAGGGAAGCCUGAAAAUGCCCUAUACAAUGAAUUGUUCAGUUUAUCAGUGAGAAGCAUACAGUUUGGAAAAGCCACUCUUGCUGAUAGUUUUGGACAUUCCCCCAACUCUCUCUCUCUCUCUCUCUCUCUCUCUCUCUCUCUCUCUCUCUCCUCUCUCUCUCUCUCUCUCUCCCUCUCUCCUCUCUGCUUGUUCUUAAGUCUUACUGCAUUCUCAAGUCUUACAAGGACUUGAGUUUCCCCCCUCCCCCUGUUAGAAGAGGACCAAGCAGUGGAGGUAUGGAGUAAUGGUAGCACUACUUGUCAAUGUGAUAAUGUACUUUUUAUGCUUUUUUUUUUUAAUUGAAACAUUCUUUAUCUGAUCUUUGACCAUAGACGAUCUUAUUUGUUGAUUAUGAACAAGUUUCUGGACUGCUAGAACCUGGCCUCUGGCCAUCUUAAAGUGCCAAUAUAUGCCUGCAGGGUUUUUGAAAAAUGGUUCGGAGUGACACUGGGUUAUACCGAGUAUUCACCUCAUCAGCAUCACAUGCAGCUCUCAUUUGUCCAUGGUAGCAUAAGCAAAGAGGGAAAAGCUCACAGACAACUUCUCCUUCCAUGAUGGCUCGUGUUGGCUUAGUGCCUGUGACCCUGGUAGUGUCCAGUGUGGUCACUUGAAACUGAAAUAUCCAUGUGUUUCUGGGCAGCUUUUCUGCCCAGUGUGAUCCUGAGAUGGCUCCCCACCACCCAGAGUGUGGUCCCUGGCCGCCUCCUUCUCCUGCUCUGUAAGCCAAAGUUGGCUUCCCUGGAGCAGGGGCUAGUCCUGGGGUGUGUGUGUCUGUGUGCGCAAUAUGCGCAUGAGAGAGUGCUUGCCAACUCAGGAACUGCCUCCUCCCUGCCUGGCUACUGGUGGGUGUGUCAGAAAGGCCUCCCACCCCCCUGCUGGUGCCAGCAAGGCCCAGUGAGUGACUGCUUCCACUCACUGUGCUUCUGGGCCACUUUUUCCCCUACAGAUAUGGGUUUGUGGCCUUUGGCCAGCAUCCCUGGUGGAGGAGAGCACUGGAUUAUGGGAAAUGUUUUAAUCAUUUUGCCAUUACUUACAUCUGUUAACAUAGGUGACCAAAAGCUCUUAUUGGUGACUAGAUGAAUAUUCCUAGGACAACUUUAAAAAUAAUCUCUCAAUUGCUUCUUAAUAAAGAAGAUGACAGGUUGUAGUUUUGGCAAAGCAUACGUAAAAUAAAGGUACAUUGUCAAUUAAAAUUACUUCUACAAAGACUUUUGUUUUAAAAUUAUGGUUAAACAUUUCAGUAACUCAUAGCUACCAUACAAAUUGGUAAGCUUGACUAGAAGGCACUUACUGUUAAGCCAGAGGAGAAGGAAUUCUGUUUAGCACUGAUUGAGUCCUGUCAGAUAGUUGGGGUGGGUGUGAUAGCCUUAAAGGGGCAGCAUCCACCCCCUACUCAUUCUUAUUGUGACUUAGCUGCACUCUGUGUGGCUAGGCAAGUGCAGUUCACUGAGGAUGGGAUAACAUAACUUUAUAUUAAUUAUUACUAUAUUUUAAAAAAAGAUACACCCACUUUCUGAUUGGCCUUUGCCAAGAACUGUGGGUAAGAUUGGAAAGCUGUACCUAAAAUAAGAAAUUUUAUGUUCUGAACCUAUUCUAUCUGCAUUUUCAGCAAAACAAAAGAUAAUGUGCUUGCUUUGGUUUCCUUUGGUAGUUUUGAACUUUGUAGUUUGUAAGAAUAGAAACCAUUGUUCUGACAGGGCUGCCAGCUCUAGUGUAUAAACACAACUUUAGUAAGCAGAAAACGCUAUAGAUGCUUUUCCCAGCAUACCUGGCAAUCUUCAUCAUUGUUCAUACUGGGGAUAAGGGUAACUAGGCUAGCAGUUCUAAUGCAACAUUCUUAAUCUUAUCGUAAGAUAGUAUUUAAGUAAAUGGUCUCAUUUCUACAUAAUUAUUGCACUGAACUGUUCUUUUUUUUAAGGUGUUUAAAUAAGCUCAGCUAAUUCAGUACACUGUGGGCAACUAUGCAUUAGUGUGCUUGACUUUAGCAGCUUACAGCAUUAUUUAUGAAGGAAAAUAUAUAAAUAUGAAGUACCUCAUGUUGAAUGUUAUUGUACUGUAUUUUUAAUGUAACAGUGCAGAUCUUGUUAGACACAUGAAUGUGUAAUCAUGUUAAAUGCAAAUAAAAUAAAACUGGUUCAUA